AUGUCUAAUCAUUACCCCGAAACUUUUGGUUGGACUCCAGAGGAAGCUUUGAAUCAAUUCCGCACGGAGUGGUGGGGAAAAUGCCAUGACAUCCCGGCAGUACAUGGGACACUCUUCCUGCCACAGGCUGAGUUGUGGGAGGCGACGGUCGACUUAUGUCUCACCAACGGCCACAUCUUUGUUCGUGAGGAGUAUGAAUACAUCUACCAACGUCUUCUAGACGCUGCGAAUUGGCCAAUGUCCGCACGCAUACUGUCAGGCUCUCCUGGAAUUGGCAAAUCCUACUUCCUGCUCUACGCUCUCGUGCGACGCAUGGCGGAAUGUUCCACCACUUUAUUUACCACUAGUAAAGGAAUCGUCUACCUUUUCGAUUCGGAAGCUGUCUAUUCUUUGAAGGCGACAGAAUUCAAGACUUUGCAGCACUCGGAGCGCUCGUCCAGACCGCGGAGUCACCGGACCCUUCCCACCAUUGUCAACGUUAUCUUAGCACAAUCUCCCUGUACAGCCGCGCUAGUGAAUGGGCCCGGCGUCAUGGCUAAUCGCAAGUCUAAGUCCGGUGGACAAUCGCAAGGACCCAAGCAAGCCGCAGGAGGAGGGGCAUCUCGGUCCCCUAACCCUCAAGCUACCAAUAAGCCUCGAUCUGUAGCUACAGCCCAUCCCCAGAUGAUGGGAAAUGCUUCCUCAAAGCCUCCAGCAUCAUCAGGUACAGCUGCUGCACCUAGACCCCCACAACCACAAGCCACCGCACACCGUCCAUCAAAUGGGACUAAACAUCAAAAUGCUGGUAACGGGGCUCCCAAGUCUCAACGCGCCAACGGUUCAAACUUUGCCUACACUGGUCUACACGGCUCGUUGUCUCCAUCAUCAGCCGAAGCAAUGUCUGGACACAGGGCAUCCCAAGAUCGAUCUGUAAACCAGGGUACGCCUAAACGUAAUGGAAGCGGGCUGAACAACGGCCCUCAGAAAGUCCAAGGGCAUUCACCUCAACCCAACAUUUCUUCGAAAAACGAGGCACCGAAGCCGAAACAUUCUCAGGCCUUCUUCGGAGGCAAGCUUAUCAUCUUCAUCCGUCCUUACGCCAUCCAAUUAAACGGCUCUAAUAGGUCACUCUUCGGCCUCCAACUCAGCGCUGCCUUCACCACCCCGUCCCGGAAACGUCCAACAUUUGCAUGUGCCCAAAGCACAUGGAGCAACCAUAUCCGGGAACAAGGUGUUCCAAGACCCAUCGCCGACGUUGUUGCAGCAAAACAGAGUGGCCAUACCCAACCUCAUGCUCAAAAAGCACAGAACCAUGCUCCGACCCCCCCAAAGGAACCUACUUUCUUUUCAGCAUCGCCAGCCCAUCAACAGCAAUCAGGAAAAAAUACUGCCAGCAACACUUUCCCGAAGGUCCAGGUGGCAACAACGCACGCUCAACACCCUUCGCGUGGUGGUCAAUCGUCUGUACCACCAGCUCAAGGCUCUGAGAAGCCGUCGCAUAAGUCUCAGCAACAACACAAGGCGCCCCCGCACUCGCGUCUCAUGCAAGAGACAUCCAGCCACAAGGACACCCCUCCAAAGCCCUCGACGAACAAGGGAAAGCCGCCUAUGGAAAGUGUGCUGUCGACCGUAUCUUCAUUUUUUUCUACUGGAUCGGAAGCUCCGGGGAAUCCGUCCCAUAAGUCUCAGCAUACGCAACAAGGCAGAGCACCUCCGCACUCGCGUCCCGCACAGGAAACGUCCAAUAAAAGCAAGUUUUUCGGUGUUGUAAUUGCAAUGUUCAAGUCAGUUGAUGUAAAUGGGCAGUUCCCUACCAAGAGCGUGCUGCCGACACCGAAAGUAUCGCCAUCAAAUCAUUUUGCUGGAUCAAACGGUACUGGGAACCGAUCAGUUAACUUUGUGAUUCCUCCUGGAUCGACACACAACUCUGCAACUGUUGGUAGUGGGUCUCUCCACUCUCGAGCUGCGAAGAAGCAAGGGCCAAAUGUUGCUAAAGGCAGCGCGAAUGUGCCCCAGGCAGCAGCGGUCGAACCCCAGACCUGGGGGCAGAUGAUUUCAUCUUGGUUCCUUCCAUCAGCGCCCCCUGUUGACGUUCAGGCUGCAAAUAAAUCAACCUCAAGUUCGAUGAAAGCAAAAGACCCCGGCCCUAAGCCGCAGGCUCCGAACUCUACCAAAGCCAAUGAUGGCCGGUCGAAAUCUCACCCUGCACCGGACUUGUCCUUUAAUCCACGUGAACACUUGAGGAAGGAACCCAUCUUAUCAACAAAAGGCGCGAAGAAUGGAUUACAGGACCUGCCAAAUCGAUCAAACAACUCAGACACAUCGUCCUCAGCGACUUCGCCAAAGAAGGAGCAGGUGCCAACUCAUCAUAAUAUGCUAGCGCGAAGUGAUGGCGGCCCACAAUAUUCCUCAAGUGUGUCAGAAAAGCCUGAAAUGGCCAUAAAUUUGACAUCCGCAUUGAGUCAUGCCGCGGAUCGCUCUCGAAUGUCGAGCAAGCCUCAGGCAGCUGCUGUGCACCAUCUAAAACAAUUCCAAAUUCGAUCGAGCUCUAGCAAAGUAUUAUCUCAGCAUGAUCCUAAAAAGAAAGCUGCUGUUCGCAAAGGCUUACUACGUCAACGUACCCCCACUCUGAGGUGGCGAGAAUCCGAUACUCCUAGGACCGUCUCAGCAUACUCCACCUUAACCGCUGCGCCACUCCCAUCGCCUCCCAGGAACGAGCUCCAGAACAAAGUUGCUCGUAAAACAAUUUCCCAGAAUCCUGAUCUCUUCAAGGUCGUCUCACCGAUCAAGGUCGACAUCUUCAAAGAGUAUGUCAAGGACCACCCCAACCAAUCAUUCGUCCAAUCUGUUGCACGUGCGCUCAAGAAAGGAUUUUAG